GAUUCAGCUUUCAAUUUCUUUUACAAAUCCGGCCUCCCCAAAAUGUAGCCAUCCCGAGUGAACGAACAUUCUUCGAUCUUCACCCCCUUAUUUUCCUAUUUGACUCUUUCUCUCUCUUUCUCUUUCUCUCUCGUUUCCUUCGUUUUCUUGGAAGCCAAACGCAUCCAAGUGGUUGCUUUUUCUCUUAAACCAGAAAAAUUAAGAUAAUUAUACGUUGAUCUCACCAAAUUCAUCAUUCAUGCAUGCAUGCGAAGAGGGACAGGGGAGCAAUGGAGGGAAAAAUGGAGAGCCUGAAUUACAAGAUGUUCGGGCUGUUCAAUAGGAAGUUCAAGAUCUGGGAGAAGGCGCCUCCGCCGGAUGUGAAGGAAGCGUUUAUAAAGUACUCGGGGAGCGAGUCCGAGUCGCCGCCGUCCAUGACGGCCGAUCAGCUCCUGCGGUUUCUCACGGAGUUUCAGGGAGAGCAGGAGUGGAGUCUGGCCGAUGCGGAGCGAAUCAUCCUCCAGGUUCUGCAGAGGCGUCACAACCAUGCCUUGUCCACUCCCCAUGCUCUCACGCUUAACGAUUUCUUUCACUUCCUCUUCUCCGAUGAUCUCAAUGCCCCUAUUAAAUUACAGGUACACCAUGAUAUGACUGCUCCAUUGCAACACUAUUUCAUAUAUACAGGUCACAAUUCCUACCUAACAGGGAACCAACUGACCAGUGAUUCUAGUGAUUUACCAAUCAUAAAGGCUUUGCAAAGAGGUGUGAGGGUAAUAGAACUAGAUAUAUGGCCAAAUUCUGCAAAAGAUGACAUUCAUGUUCUUCAUGGAAGGACACUGACAACUCCUGUGCCGCUAAUCAAAUGCUUGAAGUCCAUUAAAGAAUAUGCUUUUGUUAAAUCUCCAUACCCUCUUAUAUUAACUUUGGAGGACCACCUUACAAUGGACCUUCAAGCUAGAGUUGCAGAGAUGGUGACCGAAGUAUUUGGUGAACUCUUAUAUCACUCUGAGUCAGGGUGCUCAGAAGAAUUUCCUUCACCAGAAGCCUUAAAGCAUCAUAUUAUUCUUUCAACCAAACCACCAAAGGAAUACCUUGAAUAUAUGAAUCAAAAGGAUCGAGGAAAUGCCUCACCAGAAGAAAGGGAUUCAUCUGAUGAAGAACUUACAGUUGAGCUGGAUCCAGAUGAGGGGAUUGACACUGAUCAGGAUGAUCAAGAUAGCGAUGGUGGCGAGCCGAAAUCAUGCCAGGAAGCACCCCAGUACAAGCAUCUGAUUGCAAUUCAUGCUGGGAAACCAAGGAAAGGGUUGAGACAGGCAUUAAGGAUUGGAAAUGAAAAAGUUAAACGUCUUAGUUUGAGUGAAAAAGCAUUUGAAAAGGCCUCAUCAUCUUAUGGAACUGAUGUUGUCAGAUUCACCCAGAAGAAAUUUCUGAGGAUAUACCCAAAGGGGACCCGAGUCACCUCAUCAAAUUUCAAGCCAAUCACUGCGUGGAUUCACGGAGUGCAAAUGGUAGCAUUCAAUAUGCAGGGAUAUGGCAGGUCGCUUGGAAUGAUGCAAGGGAUGUUUAGAUCCAAUGGAGGGUGUGGUUAUGUGAAGAAACCUGAUUUUCUCAUUAAUAGAGGUCCAAAUAAUGAGGUAUUUGAUCCUAAAGCAACACAGGGGGUGAAGAAAACUCUAAAGGUGAGAGUAUACAUGGGAGAUGGAUGGCGUCACGAUUUUAGCCCUACACACUUUGACACGUACUCACCCCCUGAUUUCUACACGAAGCUGCAAACUCACUGCCUCUCGUCGCCUUGCCCCUGUGCCUUGCUGCCUCGCCUCCUCACCGCUGUAAUCUCUAGCAACCGGCGACCACCCAAACCAACUGAGGUGCAGCGGGCGGCGGUGGUCAGCAAACUGCGAGGGCGAGGGCGAGGCUAGAGAGAGACAGAGAAGAGGAGAGGAGAGGCGAGGCAAGAAAGAGACAGAGGAGAGUGUUUUGGAUCAUUUAUCAGAUGGGCAAUUUGGUCAUUUCAUUAUUCUAUAAAGCUUUCUCUACACCCCCUUCUGUACAAAUAGCUUUAUCCUUUGACCAAUGAGUAAUAUAUUUUAUUUAUUUUUUGUAAUUUUAGAAGAAAGUAAAGAGGGGAGAGGCCAUUUUAGAAAUUUUAAUAAAUUUAACUGCCCUUAUUUAAUAACAAGGGGGUGCCCAUCGCAUAGGAGCUAACCUCAUGGGAGGUCAGUGACAUUUCUAAAAAUACAGGAAUAAUCGGUGCAAUUUAGUCAAACUUUAGAGAUGGUAUGUGAAAUGUAUCCAAAUUUCAUUUGGGAUUAGGGUCAUAGACAGGACAUAAUUGGGUCAUAGACAGGACAUAAUUACGAUUGUUACAUAGCCUUGCCUUAAUGUCUUUGGAGUAAAAGAAAUAUACAGGACAAGGAAUUUGUGUCUGACAUGCAUAUUAUCCUUAAACCGUGCAUUCAAUAUUGUUUUUUGUCUAGGGAAAAUGACUUUGAACUAUUAAGAUUAGUAAUUUGAAUCUUACCUUAAGUAUCUGUUCAUCUUGAGAGGGGAAGGGGGUAUAGAUAUAAGUUGAGUUAUGGCAAUCUCUUAACCAUUAACGAGGACAUUCUCAUAUCUUAAUUAAUGCACAAGUGAUUUUACUAGGAAAUUCCAAAAUUAAUGGGGAAAGUGUGGUAAAGUCAAGUUUCCAAACCGGGUAACCGGUUACAUUUUGAUCAAUUAUUCGCAAAAGGCGGAGGAAAAAAUGACUUGUGCAUGAAUAGUUCAUGCUUUGUGUCAUAUUGACUGAUUGGAUUUUGUUUAGUAAUUGUUGUGCAAGGUUUACAUAUGGAUGCAUAUUUGGGUGGAGGGUAUGGGACUCUGAUUAUAUGAAAUUCAAGAACAU